GGCUGCACCGCACCUGCCCCCCGCCGCUCCUCCUGGCGCUCCUGCAGCGUGCUGCCGAAGUUUGGGGAGGAAGGACUCGUGCGUUCGGGUCGCCUCGGCUGCUGUCGGCCGCCGUCGCUGCCGCCGCUCGGCUGGCGGAGUCGCGUUCAUUCUCGUGCUCAUCGUCGUUGCUGCUGGCCGCACACAUCCUCGCAUCGAAUCGAGUCGUGUCCUGCGAGUCCUGUGAGUCCUGCGAGUCCUCAGCCUCUGCGAGCCAGGAUUCACUGCUCUUUGGGCAGCAACGCGACAACAAGUUGAACUCGGCUCGAGCGCAGCUACCAACGACCAUCAUCAACUGGCCAAAAGCACCUGGCGCUAAUCCGUCGCUAUAAACACGACAGUCGAAAACAUAACCAAUUCCGAUUGCGAUUGCGAUUGCGAUCACUUCGAAUCGAGUGAAUUUCCAGCAUUAACGCAAUCGAACGCAAAGCGAAGCGCAGCGAAAAUAAAUAAAUAAAACGUAAAACUCAGCGGAAAGUAAUAAAAUAAGAGCGGACGCGUUCCACGAAAAACCCGGAGGAGGAAGCCAAAGUGUCAACAAGGACACUUCAAAGGAGAGAGAACACCGGAGCGGAGAGGAGAGUCGGGAGCAGACUGUCCAGACCCCGAAGACAGUCAGUAGCGAAUUCCCCACUGGCGAGCAAUUGAGCAAUUGUGCAAAAUGGAUGCGCUACGCUUCCGUGGUUCACCAUUCGCCCGCUUUACGGGCCAGUCGACUGGACCGGGCCAUCCCCGUCCGCCGCCACACCCACAGCAUCCGCAACGCCCACAGGCGACGGGAACACAUGGCAUCAGUGCCCCGGAGCCGCUGAUCGUGGUGGAGGAGUCCAAUCUGCCGGAGGAGCAGGAGGACAGCUCUGAGCCGACGGUCUCAAAUCGCGGCAGCCUGGACAUCGACUCGCCCGUGAAUCCGUAUCUGCUCUCGCCAUGGCGGGAUCCACGCGAGGCCAGAAAGCAUUCGCUGCCCUCACAGCAGGUGACCGACGGCAUCACGGCCAGCCAGGUGCGCCGGCUCUCGGAGCGAGGCGGCGAGGGAUCGGGUCCCACACCGAAGGAGGCCGCCUUUCUGGCCACUCUGUCGCAGGCUCCGGCGCCGACCGGACGUCGCCACUCGGUGGUGACCAUCUCGAAGGUGCCCACCACACUCUUUGGGCGCUCGCGCCGCGAAUCCGUGGCCGCGUAUCCCAACAGCAAUGGGAGCAGUCGGGUGCUGAAUUCCCGCCGGGAGAGCAACACAGGACCCCCAUCGACAGACCCCAUCGGCAGCAUCCACAAUCUGCAGCUGGACAUCAUGGACGACAUCUACUUGCAGUCGCGCAAGGCCCGCUUGAAGCUCUGGACAUCCUCCAACGAGAAGGUGUGCGAGGUGCAGACCGUCGACGAGGCCGGCUCCGGCCAGCCGGGCCGACGAUUCACCAACCGUCGCUACUCGGAAUGCCCCCAGCCAGGAUUGGCCAGCUCCUUUCGCCGCGCCUCCGAGCUGCCGCCGUCGCAGCAGCAGCAGCAGCAGCAGCAGGCUCAGUCGCAGAGCUCGACUCGGGCCUCAACGCGUCGCAAGAAGUCGGGCAGUGGAACUGGACUACUGGGCAGUCGUACGGACAUCGGCGGCAUAUUUAGCUCGUUGACCAGCUCGGCCAUGGAUAUGCACCGGCCGGAACCGGAAGGCCGGGAUGGCAGCUCAAGUGCUAGUUCUUCGGCAACGGCCACGGCCAGUAGCCCGUUUCUCAGCCAGACCUUUCAGGCGGCCGCUCGUGGGCGUGCCACCAGCGCCACGCCCACACCGACAACCCACAGCGGAUCACUAGCGGUGGGCGGAGGAGGAGGCGGAGGGGGUGGAGGAUCUGGAACAACUGGCGGCCUACUCGAUCCCAAUGCCGGUAGGUCGACGCGAUCCAACAGCUUCGAUGUGUCCCUGCUGAACAACGCCAAGCAGCUGGUGAGCGAUGUCCAGGACAAUGGAUCGGCCACGCUGUCCGGUUGGUUUGCCAAGCGGCACACGCCGUUGGCGCGCAAGAAGAGCGUGCGUAGCAAGAGUUCGGCGGUGGCGCUGUCUAAGGAUGUGCUGGAGCGGCUGCAGAAAAAGGAUCCGCUAGGCGGUGACUCUGGCAAGCCGAAAUUGAAGCCAAGGAGCAAACAGAAGACCUGGGCGGAGUCCACCAAGGCGACGGUGGAUGCCACCAUUCUGGGCACGGCCAUCGAGGGUUUCCUGCGAAAGAGCUCCAACGCCAGCAUGGGCGGAUCAGGAGCUGGGUCGUCCGGCGGCGGUGCCUCCACAUCGGCAGCGGCUCGCGGUGCCACGCCCAAGGCGUCCAAGGAUUCGGGCAGCGCCAGUGGCAGUCCCGCCCACGGCGCCCGGCGCAGUCGACCCUCCGCCAGCAGCUCUGCUCAAUCGCAGGCCGGCCGGGCAGUCCGCUCCACGCUCAAUUGGUUCGGCAAGGCCGACGAGGACGACUCCAAGGACACGUGCGACGCCUCGCUCUGCGCCACGCUCAAGGACCUCUUCGUCAAAUAGGUCGGGGGGCGCAGAGGCAAGUAAAGCACUGGGCCGAGUCCCCGGCUAGAGCAGCACACCGCUACUUGCACCUCUGAGAUCCGAAAAUCCUUAUCAAAAACCGAAAACGAAAUAAAUCGAACGAAGUUGAAGUUGAAGUAGAAGGCUUACACAAACGAGUGAACAAUAAGCGCAGCAGCAGUAAUCACCAUUGAAUUCAUCACAUAACACAGCAGCAGAGGCUUAAUGACAGAUUAAAAGCAUAGCAACGUCUGUCUUUCGGGCGAAAGGACAUGCACAUAAUUCACCGAAAUCAAUAAUAUAAUCACAGCACUUACAUAACUCACAAACAAUAUAAUAAUAAUUGACAGCACAGACUUCACACGAAACACGUCCAUUGAAUCAAACACUGAGAACAUUGCAUGCAAAGGGCGACAGUAAGAUUGAUCUGUCGGUACCGGGACAUGGUAACUGUAUGAGAUAUAAGAACUACAAAGGAAAUCGUAUACCUGGUAAUGAAACAAUACAACUGCAGGAGCUAUCGAUACCUGACGGUUAAUCAGGUUGCGUGUACAACAAACAGUACACGAGCACAACAUGAAGGAUCAAAUGGAGAAAAUAGAACUUAUCAGCAAUGCGCAAUGACAUACAUAUCCCUAUUCCAUAUUCAAAAUACCCCUAACCACAACGCAGAACCGCAAUCGAAGCACCGAUAACAGAUAGCACUGAAAUCCGAUUAACGGUGAACAAUAAGAGUACAAGAGAGCAACUUUUAACGGUACAAGUAACUUUACGCAUAACGGUAAUGGUAAGUGAGAUGAAGCGAAGACGAAACGAUAAGCGAUAUGCAGUGAUCGAUAGGCAGAUAGUUAAGCGAUAACCGAUAGAGUAUAAGGCAACGCUGCAGGGGAGUCAGGGAAAUGGAAUCAGAUAUCAGGAAUCGGUGGACACAACAUCUCAUCCCAUUUUACCUAAGCAACAAGGUCGACGGGAUAGACCUCUUAUAGCUAAAGAUACAGAUAAAAGAUAAAUACAUAUAUAUACACUCAUAGAUAUAUAUAUAUAUGUAUAUAUUCUCAUACAUUUGCAUACCAUUUGUAAUCGAAGAGGGGGACGAGAAGAAGGAGUACAAAACUCGGGGAGUUCGGAGGGCAGAGAAUAUACACAUAUUUUUCUACGUGCAGAGCAAUUUAAGCGGGUCCCACUGAGGGAGUAAUUCCCGGGAUAAAGAAGUAAAGGAGAACUUGUUGAUGCAUUGCCAAUAUGGCAAUGGAACCAUGUAGCAUACAUGUCUACAUACAUACAUAUGUUGAGAGUUUUUUUUUUUUUUUUUUUUGGUGGCCAUGCAUGUUCAUGCAUGCACAUCGAAGGAAUACACAGACAUAUUGAAUGUAUUUAUGAGGCAACCGUGGCAGAUGCACAAAUCGGUCUUUGUAUAUCGUGUAGCAAACAAUCGGGCGAAUCAGUGCAAAAUACGAUGCUCCAUCGGUUGCCACAACCAUUUCACAAUAAAUACAUAUGAACACAAUGAAAUCAGCACGACUACGUGCAUAUAAACACGUUACAAUAUACGAAUAUACAUAUUUAUCUACGGUGAAUAAGAAGUAAAUGUCUACAGACUCAAGAGUUUUAAUCAAUGUAAACCACACAAUAAAUGUAAUUUGUAUGUACAAUCGGAGCUUACUCGAGGCAAAAAUCUGAAAUCACAAUUCGCAAUUCGCAAAAUCGCAAAAUCUCAAAUCACAACACAAACAGCAAAUGCCAAACUAAAUCGAGUCGAGCUGAAUUGAAUUGAAUUGAAUUGAAAAUCGAAUAUAAAUUAAUGUUCGCGUUGAAUAUUUAAUGUUAAACGUAAAAUAAUACGCAGGCAGCGGCAGCAGAAAAGCUGAAAAGUGCCAGUGGGGGAGGAAGUUUCCCAUGAAGAAGUUUGAAAAUCAAUUAACGAAGAAAUUCAAAUUGGAAAUUCGCAAUUGCAGUAUUGGCAAACAGAGACAGCCAAAGAGAAAGAGAAAGGGAGAGAGAGAGCGGGAGAGAUAGAGUAGAGUAGGACAAACAAGCAAGCAAACAAACAAACCAACAAACAAUCAGUCAAUAUUGCAAUCAAUCAAGUGUGCUUCUUUCUAUAUGCGGCAUUUGGCUUUGUCAAUUUGAUCAAGAGGUGGCACUAAUGCGGACGGGCAGAUGGUGGUGCGGAGGUCAGGAGAUUGUACUGCAGCAGUGUAGUGACGAAACUACUCAAUAUAACAAACACACAAUACUCGUAUAUAUUAUCCAUCUAUCCAGAAUUGUAUCUCAAUGUGCCCGACAAAUGUGUUUUAGACUUCGAUUUCCAUGUGCGUGUCUCAAGGAGGUAACCUAAAGUUAACUUUCACUUUCAGUGUGUUAUAUAGUGCUUAAGAGCCGCAGAUUUACCUAGAUACUGAUCUAUAUCUAUACAAGCAUAUGCAUAUACAAUACCUAUAAAUAUAUACAUACCGUACAUAUAUAUAUAUUUCAACUAUUUACAAGUGCGAUCCUUCUUGGUCGCAGCUAACCAAAGUUGUCCACGUUUUGCUCAUCAUCCUAACUGUUGUUCUAUAUCGUUGCUAUUACCGAUCUACACUAUGUAACAAUAAAUGUGUACAAAAAACGGGCGGGGGACUAGAAGGGCGAGGAUCUGGGGAGGAUCUGGGGAGGAUCUGGGGAGGAUCUGGAUGGAACGCAGAGGCACCAGCUCCAGGCAGGUGCCGUGUAACACAGGCCAAAGAAACUCUCAAGUUCUAUUUGUCCUAUUUUUGAUAGUUGUAUAUAUACAUAUAUAUAUAUACUACAUAUAUGUAUGUACCGCAUAUACAAUACGUGUAAUACCAUACAUACACGAAUACUAAUAUGGAUGCAAUUUUUUUCGAUUGAUUUAGCAUUGAAUGUGCAUAGAUUUAUGACUACAAACAUAUGCGUAUGUGUAUGUGACCCUAUCAAGAUGAUAAUAAUGCAUCCGAGGAAUACACCCCAUGAAUAAUCAGUCGCGAAAUCGCAAACUAUUGAAUUUCCCACAGAUGGAACUUAAUUCGCCACUGAUUAUUUUCACGGGAUGUCAUUGUCUUUGUUGUUGACUUUGUUGUUGAUGUCGUGCAAUUGUAAUUACCGUUGUUCAAUUGUUGUUAAUGUUUAUCCACAUGUCUGUUUGUGUGUGUGUGUGUGUGUGUGUAAGACCUAAGACUACAUACGAACAAGCGGUUACCACCGACUACAGUACUUUAGUAGUGUUAACUGGCAACUGGCGCCCAACGCAAUUAUUAUAUUCAAUACCCGCAACUCUCUUGGUGUGCGGUAUUCGGGAUGAUAGCGAUACGGAUACAUAUAUGCAAUGUGUGUGCACUUCGAUUCGAGCGAUCUAUGAUUUCGAUGUUAGGCGGUACGUUUUAUUUUUUUCGGGCUUUUUCUGGGUUCACAGCACCCAGGGGGGGAGGGGGAGGGGGAAAGUGGGCAAAACUACGCAUAAUCUAGGGAGUAACGAGGCAAGGGGGAGGAGCGAUGGCGGAUCAGCGGCAGAAUGGCACGAAAUACCUGACAUGCAUAUAUAGCUAAGAUAUAUAUCUGUGUAAAUAACGAAAGGAGCGUUGGGAAUACGUUUGUACAUAAUUAUGCGUACGCUAGCAAGGGGAGAUAGCGAGGCAAGUGGAGUUUUUUUUUGUAAAAGCCAAAAUCCAAAUGCAACCGAAUGUAAAACAAUCAAUUGAUGACACAUAAUGUAAAAGAAAACAAAAAUAAAAAAAACAAUACAGCUAAUUAAAUGGCGAUUGAGGGAACGAUAAAUCGGUCGGUUAUGCACAUAUGUACAUCCAUGUACAUACAUACAUAUUUAUGUAUGCGUGCUCUUUAUAAGCCGGGACUUCAAAGAGAAGCCGAGGAAAUGUGAGGACGUUGAAGAAUGUGCACCAGGCGAGUGUACUUUACCACACAUACAAUACCCAAUAUACAGCUAAAUAUACACCCAUAUACAUCUAUAUAUACAUAUGGCAUAUAUAUAUAUAUACUUAUAUAUAUAUAUAUAUAUAUAUAUAUACGUAAAUAAAUAGUUUAUGUGUACA